CAGAACCUUCAGGCACAGAGAAAUCCCCAAUUCCAAAAUCCUCAUCGGAACCACUCCAAAUGGAAAUCGACCGUCCUUCCGCCGUCCAAAUGCCGGAGAUUUCUCAGUACGAGCAGUCCAGAGAGUUGAGAAUCAGAGAAAAUUUGGAGCGUAUGCAGAAGCUAGGCAUCCUUGACCUCUCUCUCAAGCUCAAGUCAUCCGCUCCGUCGAGGCAAAAUCGCCGAAGAUCGCUUAAUCCGAAAGCUUCUCCACCUUCAUUCAACCUCCCGCAGGCAGGACCUGUCCGCCGAUCAUCCAGGUUACAGAAUGUGACGCCAGUGGCUUACUCUGAACUUCGAGUGGAGAGAAAAAGCAAGUUUUCAGAGGAUGAAGGCGUUAUUCUUGAAGAUGGUUCGAGGCCGGAGAUAUACUCGGAAGAGCAUGAGAAGCGGUUGGGCAGUACAGAGAAGAUCUGGACGCUGUUUGUGGAUGGAUAUGGUAAGGAUGGGAAACGAAUUUAUGAUCCAGUAAAGGGAAAAACGUGCCAUCAAUGCAGGCAAAAAACAUUAGGGCAUCGCACUCAUUGCAGCAAAUGCAACAUGGUCCAAGGCCAAUUUUGUGGAGACUGUCUGUAUAUGAGAUAUGGAGAGCAUGUUCUUGAAGCGCAGGAAAAUCCCAGUUGGAUAUGUCCUGUUUGUCGUGGAAUUUGUAACUGCAGUUUAUGUCGCCAAGCAAAGGGAUGGCUUCCUACUGGGAGUAUGUAUAAGAAGAUAGCAAGGAUGGGGUUCAAGUCUGUUGCGCAUUUUCUCAUUCAAACCAAACGUCCACAGCCUAAUUCUGGGCAGAAUCCUACUGAUCUCGCAUCUGCUAAGAGGGCCUUGUCCUUCCCAGAUUUUGAAGCUAAUCCUGUAGGAUCUCUUAGUGUUAAUGAUCAAAUGUCUGUUAAGAGGUCACUGAGUUUUUCAUGUCUGGAGCAGCAGGUCUCAAAAGAAUGUAAACCAUGUCAUCUGGAUCAUGAAAAUGAUGAACAGUCAGAGCUUCAAUCUGCAAACUAUGAUGAACUUGGAGAAGACGUUGUCAACGAGAAAGAACAGUCAGUGCAUUGCCUAAAAAGGAAGAAUGAUGGUGAUAACUACAGUCCAAUGCCUGUAAAGAAACCAACAAUUAGAGUAGAAUCAAGCACCGUGGAUCAAAGCCUGGAAAAGAAGAUUGAUGAUAUUAGGUGCCUAACAAGCUCAAGGGUCAUCCAAGAAAGUGAUGAUAAAACAUCAGAAGAGGGUGCAAACAGUUUGUCAAAGAAGAAGCUGGAAUGUGUAAGUAAUGGUAGGGUGUUACGGCCUAGACAUCAAAGCCUCGAGAAGACAACUGAUAUUAGCAGCCAAACUACCAUCCUGGAAGGCGGCACCUCCUCUUCAUCGGAGCUAAAAUCUGCCACUAGCAGUAGGGUUUUGCGGCCUAGACAUAAAACAAUGAUGUAGAGCUACACACUACGUGUUUUAGAUUUGCCAUUAAAGUUUUGAGCUUUGUUACGAGUUCUAUCAUCGAUCUUAAUGAAGCACA